AUGAAAGUUAAAGUGGCUGCUCAACAACUAAGCCAUUCUGUGUCGGCAGCUAUCGAAACAUUUUCUGUAUUAGGGGAUUUUCCUGCAGAAUUACUGCAUACUGCUGAAUUUUCCAGCACUAUUGAUGAUUUAUUCGAUUCGCUGAAUGGUUCAACAAUUACUGCUGAGGGUGUUAAAAAAUACAAAUGUUGUCUCUCUGGUGAUUCACCCCAUUUAGACUUUCGGAAAAGCAUGCUAUGCAAAAUCAAUAAAUGGAGGGUGAUUGAUUCAGAAACAGGUCUUGAAAGGAGGAGUUAUAAAUUUAUUGAUGGAUGGCAGAUUACGAUUAAAGCUGUAAUAAUGCUUUGGGAGUGUCUGAGAGCUAAAGGUUUCAAGUUUCUUGCUCUGAGAAACUUGAACCAAGACCCUAUAGAAAACAUCAUUGGCCAAAUAAGACAGCAUGGAGUGUGUAAUUCAAAUCCCUCCUGUCAUCAAUUCAUAGUCGCUUUAAAAACUAUUGUCAUCAACAAGUUUAGUACUCCUUUAACGAGGAAUGGAACUGGAGGAACGAGGAGGACCACUGUGCAGCAAUAG